AUGAGCCAGCCAUUCCCCAACUACUAUCUCACCCGGCCCGAUCAAGUCCAAGUCCCACUCGUCCCCCUCGACGAACUCCCCAACUGGAUCGAAGUCGGCGCCUGGAACUGGUCCGACACGUCCCUCUUCGAAACAAUGAACCCCGUCAGCUGCGACUGCAUCCCCCGGAGCGGCGAGUACGAAGUCAUAUGCCACUACUGCGCUGCAUCCGUCGACAAGCUGCACCGGAGCGUCUCCCAGCAGAACCCCCCGGCAUACCAACUCCACGAACCGCAAGCACAAACACCACCACCGUGCGUCGUCCGGCUUCUUGUGUGGCGGAGAGCACCAAGCAGCCUUGUUCUUCGCUCGUCGCUCAAGGCAUCUUGCCGGCUGUGGCGCCCUUUCUUCCACGUCCGACUCUGA